UCUUCUGUUCAACAGCGCCGUAUUGCAGACUUCGCAGUUGCUUCAUCCAUUUCCAUGUCGGCCAAAUGGAACCUCUCCGGGGAUAACUUUCUCACCGGAAAAGGCAUCAGCAUCACCGAGGAGCUCUCAGUAAAGCAUGAGCGAAAGUUGAAGGAAGCCAGGCAAGUGUUGGAAAUGAUCGGCCAUAACACGUCAGAAGGUCUGGCGAUGAUCGAUACCCUCCAACGCCUAGGCAUCGACUAUCACUUCCAGAACGAGAUUGAAGCUGUUUUGCAGAGCCAAUACAUGAAUCCUGGCAGUUUCAGCCAUCCUGAGGAUAAUCUUUAUGACGUUUCAACACGCUUUCGGCUAUUGAGGCAAGAAGGUUACUACGUACCUACCGAUGUGUUUAACAACUUCAAGGAUAAGGUGGGAAGGUUCAGAUCAGAACUAGGAGCAGAUAUCAGAGGGUUGAUGGGUUUAUACGAAGCCUCCCAGCUAAGCACAGAAGGAGAAGACAUUCUUGAUCAAGCUGCAGAGUUUAGUAGCGAACUCCUUAAUGGGGGGAUAAGAAAUCUUGAUCAUUAUCAAGCCAGAGUUGUACGUUGGACGUUGCAGUAUCCUCAUCACAAGAGCGCCAGCCGAUUCAUGGUCCAAAGCUUCCUCCGUGAUUUCAAGGGGGAAAAUGGAUGGGCAAAUGUGCUGCACGAGCUAGCGAAACUGGACUUCAAUAUCACUCAGAGCACGUAUCAGAAUGAGAUACUUCGAAUCUCCAAAUGGUGGAAAGACACAGGUUUGGCGAAGGAGUUGAGACACGCGAGAGACCAGCCACUGAAAUGGCAUAUGUGGUCGAUGGCUGCACUCACAAAUCUGAGCAACUCGGAGGAAAGAGUCGAGCUUACAAAACCCAUCUCUUUUAUCUACCUGAUAGAUGACAUAUUUGAUGUUUACGGCACAUUAGACGAACUUACUCUCUUCACAGAAGCUGUGAAUAGGUGGGAUCUUGCCGCUGCAGAGAAACUACCUCACUACAUAAAGAUCUGUUUCAAGGCUCUUGACGAGGUCACAAACGGAAUUGCCUAUAAAGUCUACCGAAAGCAUGGAUGGAACCCCGUAGAUUCACUCCGAAAAACGUGGGCGAGGCUGUGCAAUGCGUUCUUAGUGGAAGCAAAAUGGUUUACGUCGGGGCAGCUGCCCAAGGCGGAAGAGUAUUUGAAGAAUGGGAUUAUCAGUUCGGGCGCGCAUGUGGCUUUGGUUCACAUGUUCUUUCUGUUGGGGCAUGACAUCAACAAGCAUAGCAUCAACCUUGUCGAUGAUAAUCCAGGGAUUUUGACUUCUACAGCCGCGAUUCUUCGCCUUUGGGAUGAUUUGGGAAGCGCCAAGGAUGAGCAUCAAGACGGCCGUGACGGAUCAUAUGUAGUGUGCUACAUGAAGGACCACAGAGGCACCUCGGUUGAAGGUGCAAGAAAGCAGGUCAUGCAAAUGAUUUCAGAUUCAUGGAAAAGACUCAACAGGGAAUGCCUGCGUCCAAAUCCAUAUUCAGCAACUUUCACAAAGGGUUGUCUUAACAUGGCCCGGAUGGUUUCUUUGAUGUACAGCUACGAUGACAAUCAAAGGCUUCCAAUCCUUGAAGAUCACAUGAAGUCGAUACUCUCUGGCAGUGUUUCCUUCUAAGGAUCCAGGAAAAAUACGAGCCUACAUUAAUUACUAAUUAGAACCUGCAACUUUUUUCCCUUUAGAGUGUACCAGCAGCACGGUGAGCAAUGCUAUAUAAUGAAAAGAAGCAAUGAAGAGCAACUUUGUUAGAUUGCUGAGUAAAUAUGCUUCCUUCCCAGUUCAUUGACAGUAAUUAUAUUGAUGCUCUAGGUGAAAAUCGAUUCAUACCAGUAAGCGCGAAAUAUAAAUCUUAAUGGAGUAUAUAAGUGGGUUGUGUUAGGUUUAUGUGUCUCAAAUGGGUUGCUUUAUUUUAUCCAUG